UGUCUGUUUAUUGUGUUGACUUGGACUGAGACGAUGGGACAGACUUCUACUACCCCUCUUUCCCUCACGAAGGACCACUUCAAAGAAAUUAAGGAGCACGCUCAUAACCUAAGUUUAGAAAUUAAAAAGACUAAGUUCAUCACCCUCUGUAGCUCAGAGUGGCCCACCCUUGGGGUAGGAUGGCCCCCUGAGGGAACUUUUGAUUUACAGGUUGUACGCAGGGUUCGUAAAACCAUCCUUCAUCCUCACCAGGUUCCCUACAUUGCCACUUGGGAGAGUUCAAUCUGUAACCCACCCCCAUGGGUUAAGCUCUUUUUGCCUCCACAGAAACAACAGCCAAAGGUAAUCCUGACAGCCUGUGAAAAGACUCCCAAAGGGCGCGACAACAAAAGGCAAACCGAAAUCAAGCCAAUCAUGCCACUUUACCCGGUCCUCCAAGGAGGGACUGAAGAAGAUCUUAUUUUCCCUCCCCCUUACUCUCUCUCUCUUCCCCCACAACAGCAGGUUGAAAGACAUGACCCGGCCCCAGCUGGGGCUGGGGAAGGAGGGCCGGCCCUGGGUGCUGGCAACCAUGAUGGCCCUGCCCAGAAUACUCGCCACCAGUGGCCCCCUGACGAACAUGGUAACCAGCCUCACCAUUACUGGCCCUUUGCCACCAGUGAUCUUUAUAACUGGCACCGUCAACACACCAACUUCUCUGAUAACCCUAGAGAUUUGAUUAACCUGUUAGAAACUGUUUUGUUCACUCAUCAGCCCACUUGGGAUGACUGUCAACAGCUCCUUCAGGUUCUGUUCACCACCGAGGAAGGAGAGAGGAUCCAGAAUGAGGCCAGGAAAUUGGUUCCUGGUGACAGUGGUCAACCCACCACCAAUGCUGACACUAUCAACACUUCUUUUCCUCUGUCCCGACCCAACUGGGACUUCAACAUGGCAGAAGGUAAGGAGAGGCUUCAGGUCUAUUGCCAGGCUCUGCUGGGAGGUCUCAAAGCAGCGGCGUGGAAGCCCACCAAUUUGGCUAAGGUAGGGGAUGUGCAACAAAAGUUAGAUGAAAGCCCUGCUGCUUUCUUAGAAAGAAUUCAGGAAGCCUUCUGUAGGUAUACUCCUAUGGACCCAGAAGCAAUUGAGACAGAGGCAGCUGUAGACAUUAAGAGAAAGUUACAGAAAAUAGAUAGGUUAGGAGAGAAAAGUAUUCAGGACUUAGUGACAGUGGCGGAGAAAGUGUAUAACAAUAGAGAAACCACAGAGGAGAAAAGGGAAAGAGCUGAUGACCGCCAGACCUGAAACUUAGCUUGGAUUCUUCUGGCUGUCACUGUGGGAGAACAAAAGGAACAUGAACGUAGACUAAGAAAGAUUGUGGUGGAAGGAGAAGGCAAGGGGAGAUGCAGGGAGUGUCCCCAGUUAGGGAAAAAUCAAUGUGCUCAUUGCAAAGAAGAAGGCCACUGGGCCAAGGAGUGCCCCAAAAAGAAACAACAGGAGGGUCACCCCAAGGCCCCCAUCCUGGCUGUGGGUGAACUAAGUGACUAGGGGGGAUGGGGUUCAGUACCCCUCCCUGAGCCCAGGGUAACCCUAAAAGUGGAGGGGAAACCUGUCAAGUUCCUAGUGGAUACAGGAGCCCAACAUUCAGUCCUACUUGAACCAUAUGGCCAUGUUUCUGAUAAAACCUCCUGGGUUCAAGGAGCUACAGGCAUGAAAAAGUAUUCAUGGACUACCUGAAGAACAGUGGACUUGGGAGUGGGCCGGGUAACUCACUCAUUCAUGAUUAUACCAGACUGCCCCUAUCCCUUAUUGGGAAGAGACUUGCUCACUAAAUUAGGAGCCCAAAUUCAUUUUCAACCCAGAGGCACAGAAGUCCUUAAUCAGGAGGGAAAGCCCAUCCAGGUGUUAACCAUAAGCUUAGAAGAUGAAUAUCUGCUACAUCAGAAAGGGGCCCCUCCUGAUCCUGACAUGGAACAAUGGCUCGCCAUGUUCCUGCAAGCAUGGGCAGAGACUGGGGGCAUGGGACUGGCUGCACACAGAGCACCAGUGUUUGUAGAGAUAAAACUGGGAGCAGACCCUGUGUGGGUCCGCCAAUACUCUAUGCCCCUAGAGGCCCAUAAGGGAAUAACUCCACACAUCAGAAGGUUGCUCGUUCAGGGGAUUCUAAGGCCUUGUCAAUCAGCCUGGAACACCCCCUUGUUGCUGGUGCAGAAACCUCAUUCAAAUGACUAUUGGCCAGUGCAGGACCUCUGUGAGGUAAACAAGAGGGUUAUGGAUAUCCACCCUAUGGUGCCUAAUCCAUACACCCUUCUGAGUUCACUCCCCCCAAGCCAUCAAUGAUACACAGUCUUGGAUCUCAAAGAUGCCUUCUUUAGCCUUCCGCUGGCACCCAAAAGCCAACACAUCUUUGCAUUUGAAUGAAGUGACCCGGAACAAGGCCUCAACGGACAGCUGACAUGGACCCGAUUACCUCAAGGGUUCAAGAAUUCUCCCACCAUCUUUGAUGAGGCCCUACAUGAAGACCUGGGUGAGUUUCGCCUCCAAAACCCCCAAUUGACUCUGUUACAAUAUGUAGAUGAUCUCCUCAUAGCAGCUGAGAUGUGGGAAAACUGCCUAAAUGGAACCAAGAAACUCUUGACGGUCAUAGGGGAACUGGGGUACUGGGCAUCCACCAAAAAGGCCCAGAUCUGCAAACCCGAGGUAAGCUACUUGGAGUAUAUGCUUAAAGAGGGGCAAAGAUGGCUGUUGGAUGCUAGAAAAGAGACAGUUCUUAAAAUACCCAAGCCAGAUUCCCCUCGGAAAGUUAGAGAGUUCUUGGGAUCGGCUGGCUUCUGCCGCUUAUGGAUACUGGGGUUCGCGGAGCUCGCGAGGUCUCUUUAUGACGCAACUAAAGACAAUCAGGCCCAUCAAUGGACAGAAAAACUACAAAAGUCCUUCAACCAAGUUAAGACAGCCUUGUUGUUGGCACCGGCCUUGGGCUUGCCCGAUUUUACUAAGCCCUUCCACCUUUACAUUGAUGAAAACAAAGGAGUUGCCAAGGGCAUCCUAGUCCAGUAUCUAGGGCCAUGGUGCCGCCCAGUGGCGUACCUGUCAAAAAGACUCAAUCCAAUUGCGUCAGGAUGGCCCCCAUGUUUAAGAAUGAUUGCUGCAGUGGCCCUGAUGGUCAAAGAUGCUGACAAGUUAACAUUGGGCCAAGAACUGUAUGUAACCACCCCUCACGCUAUUGAGGGAGUCCUGAAACAGCCUCCAGAUCGAUGGCUCAGUAACGCCCACCUGACCCACUACCAGAGCUUACUCCUAAAUCCAGCCCGAGUUGUUUUUCAGAACCCAGCUGCCUUAAACCCGGCCACAUUGUUGCCAGACCCGGACUUAGAGGCUCCACUUCAUGACUGUGCAGACAUCCUGGCUCAGGUGCAUGGGACUCGAGCUGAUCUGAGAGACCAACUGUGGCCAGAUGCUGACAAUACCUGGUACACUGAUGGGAGCUUUGUCCAGGAUGGCCGCAGGUAUGCUGGGGCAGCUGUGGUGACAGAGACUGAGGUCAUUUGGGCGAAACCAUUGCCCACCGGGACCUCAGCACAAUGGGCGGAGCUCAUAGCUCUGGCCAAAGCAUUAACUCUAGGACAGGGCCAAAAGUUAAACGUAUAUACAGACAGCCGGUAUGCCUUUGUUACCGCACACAUCCAUGGGGCCAUCUACAGGGAAAGGGGGCUACUGACAGCUGAAGGAAAGACUAUUAAAAACAAAGAAGAGAUCCUUGCCCUCUUAACGGCCCUCUGGCUACCUAAAAAAUUGGCCAUUAUCCAUUGCCCAGGACACCAAAAAGAUGACACUCCAAUUGCCAGAGGAAAUAACCUAGCUGACCAAACGGCCCGAAAAAUAGCCCUAAAGAUUAAUCUGGCACUAGCCACUCAGCUGCCCGAUCCAGGAAGUGCUGCCUUGCCAGAAAAACCCCAGUACACUGAAAAAGAUUUAAAAUGGAUAAAACAAUUGCCUAUGCCUCAGUGCCUCAACGGGUGGUGGAAAUCUUCUGAUUGUAAAGUCAUCCUGCCUGAAACACUGGGAGAACAAGUUCUCUCCAAAAUGCACCAGGCCACCCAUAUGGGCACUCAAAAAAUGCAAGACCUCCUGAGACAUGCUGAAAUAAAGAUUCGAGAUGCUAAUUCCAAAAUUGAACGUAUUGUUGCCACCUGCAAAGCCUGUCAAUUGACAAAUGCCACCCACAAUAAAGCCAACCCAGGCAAUAGGCUGAGAGGGAACCAACCUGGCACAUAUUGGGAAUUGGACUUCACCGAGGUAAAACCUGCAAGAUAUGGUUAUAAGUACCUACUAGUUUUUAUAGACACUUUUUCAGGAUGGACAGAAGCUUUUCCUACCAAACAUGAAACAGCAUGGAGUGUGACCAAGAAACUGCUAGAAGACAUCCUGCCAAGGUAUGGUUUCCCAGUAAUGUUAGGAUCAGACAAUGGACCUGCCUUCAUUUCCAAGGUGAGUCAAACUUUAGCACAGAUAUUGGGGACAGAUUGGAAAUUACAUUGUGCAUAUAGACCCCAAAGUUCAGGACAAGUAGAGAGGAUGAAUAGAACUUUAAAGGAGACCUUAACUAAAUUAACCUUAGAGACUGGUGGUGACUGGGUGACUCUCCUUCCCUUUGCCCUCUAUAGGGUACACAAUUCACCCUAUAAGAUGGGACUAACUCCCUUUGAGGUUAUGUUUGGAAUUCCCCCUCCCAUUGUUCAAUGUUCAGUAGAAUGUGCUUGUUGAAUUUGAUGACCAAAUUUGUUACUUUCUUUGAAAAUCCUCCAAUAUGUACAUGAGGAUGUCUGGCCUAAAUUAAAAGCCCUAUACGAGACUGGACCACCUCCUGAGCCCCAUCGCUAUUGACCAGGAGACUGGGUCUUUGUCCGGAGACAUGGACAGAAAGACCUCGAGCCUCGUUGGAAAGGACCCUACGUCACAAUCCUAACCACGCCCACCGCUCUCAAGGUCAACGGGAUUGUCUCGUGGGUGCACUACACCCACGUCCGCCCCGCAGAUCCACACGCUGUCCUAGAGGACUUCGUUACAUCAUGGCAGGUGUCCAAGGACCAAGACAAUCCUCUCAAACUCAAACUGUGUCGUCAUUGGUCAUAACUAUGGUAGCUAUACUUUUAACACCAGUGUCGGGGAGACAAAGCCCACAUACUCCCCUUAAU